UUCUGGCAACUCUGCAAUAUGCAAAAGUAAAAUUUUCGCAACUGCUGUCUUUUCUGAGUUUUUUCAAAUAAUUUAACAAGUUUCUCACAACCGGUUCGUGUUUACAACAUUCUAAACUCUGCGCACUAUCUGAGGAAAUAGAAGUUCAUCUUUUUACCGCGAAACUAACAAACAUAUUUUAAGUUUAAUCUUUGUUUGGUUUUGCAUUUUUGCUGUAUUUACAUUCGUAAGUGAGGGCCUCAAAUGGCGCCUGAAACAACAUAUACUGUUUGCCCUGUAUGUAAUGAAAACGUCACUAAAACAUCUGGCGGUGUCUCCUGUUAUAUACGCUGCAACUGGUUUUAUCGUAAAAACUGCUCACAAAUUACGGAAAAUGUUUACAACCUUCUGGCAAAAAAUAAAGUUAUACGUUGGAGCUGUCAGGAAUGUUCUUCCUUCAGUAUAUUUCAUGACGUUGAAAAAGUAUGGAAAGCUCUGGACAUAUUAACAUCAAAACUUGAUCACUUAACCCAAACUUUGUCGUCUACCGUCAAGAAUGAGAUAGAUAAAAGCCUUGCUUCGUUUAAAAACAAAAUCGAUGCUAGCCUUUCUGUCAUUAAAAGGUCAAUUAAUGAGGAAAGAAUAAAGAACAACGAGCAUCAAAACUUAAUUAUUGCCAGAUUAGAAGUAAUUGAACAUGAGACCCACAAGAUACGUCAACAGGAAUGCAGGAAUGAUGUCUUAGUCUAUGGUCUACCACCUAACACUGAACCGGCGCAAAUGGCACUAAACAUUGGCAAAUCCUCGUCCCGAGGUAAUGAGCAAAUAUUUGGCGAAGAAAAACCUUAAGCUAAACCAAGUGGUCCCAACUGAUAUCGAAUCUAGGAUAUAUCGCAAUGAAAAUCUAGCCUCUGCUGCUGCAAAACUGAAAAAUAUAUGCAGAAGCUUGCAAAAACAAAAGCAUAUCAAGGGCUUUCGUCUUAUUUCUUCCGUGCCAGCUGCCAAAGUUACACAUAAUAAUGGUUCCAAAUCAUUCAUAAUCAUAAUACAUCACAACUCUCCACAUUUGCCCUUGAGUGUGGAGAAGGAGGUCUAAUGAUUUAUCGUCGCCCUGGUCGACGAGGCACUGUACCUCAGUCAGCUGUGAUGGGUACGCCACAAUUUGGAACGCCUGCUGCAAAUUGAUUUUAACAUUUUAGCAAAUUUAAUCUAGAUAAGGUAGGGCGGGUGGGUUAGGAUAUGCAGUUUGUGUUUUAAAACAAAUUACAUAUCAUUCUUCUAGAUAUCAAGCUAUUAUAUAAAAUCUUUUCUUUUAUACUGUUGGGUAGGUGGGUUAGAAUCGAGUUAAUUCUACCUGCCAAUCUUUCUAUAUAAGUUUUGUUUGCGAAUGUUAUCUUCUAGUUCAAAUUAAGUCAGCAAACUUUGAUAGUAAUUAUUUGUUGUCAACUAUGUUUUAUAUUUUUUAUAUUAAUUAUGUUGUUUUAUAGUCCACCGCAUAUCCUUUUAA